GCUUUUCAUCGCAAUUGCUCUUCACGCGUGCGUUCACGGCCGGGCUGCUGUCAAUGAAUGCCCUUGAUUCUGUCCCUGGCAGCUCCAGGUAGCCCAUACCGCUUCCUCCGCCACAACGCGCAUACUCUGCUGCGCCUUCACUUACAUCGGCCGGCCUUAAUUGCGACUUCUUGCCUCCCACAUUUCCGAUCAAGAUGCGCCCCUCGUACGCACUCGAAGUCGUAUUUGACCACUUCACCGAGUCUGCACUCCGUACCCCGACUGCGCGGUAGCAUUGAAUCUCCGCCCGCGGGGCCCCUUGGCUUCUGCAGGCGACAUUACUCCAGCGCCGAAGAGCUACCAGAGGAUGCAACGGAUAUAUUCGCUUCCAUCCUCGGUGUAGGCGAUGGCGGCGUGGAUGACACGUUCCGAGAGCUGGCGGAAACGGAAUAUGGGAAUGACAUAUCCUCUGCCCGGCCGCAGGCUUCCCGGGCCAGCAGGAAGGCCCAGCGGCAAAGCCAGCCAGCCCUUAUAUUGGAGUCUAUACAUAGCGAGGCACGAGCGUUGUACUACGAGCCCCCGCCCGAAAAGACGGAUUUGUCCUACACCAAUCCCAGGAGAAGGAAGCCUGGUGGUCUGCUACGGCGGAGUCGGGUCUCCCUUCCUACCGAUGAGAUGCUAGCGCGGAGGGAAGGCCCCAUCUCGCUGUAUUCUAUCCUUGCUCGACACAUCCGCGCCGUUACCCUAGCACCUGAAGCCGAGAUAGAACCGGAGUUGACAAGUCAAGAAGAAGCCCUACUCAAGUCGAAAGGCUACUCGUUGAGAAGCGUGGAACAAUGGACAACUCUGCUCCUGGAUUCAAAGUCUCUUGUUGCGGCUGACAUGUUCAAACCGGGAAAUCCCACGCCGCCAUUCUUUCUUGUGCUGCUGUUUCUCCGCCGAAAGCACAUCAGAACGUUCGCUCUGGGGAUAACCAUGAGGCAUAUCGCCAAUAGGUUGCAAGCUGAGCCCCUUCACUGGCCAUCCUUAAAGCUGCUUGUUGUGCGGCUGCUUCGCCAUGCGCGCACAGUCUGGCCCGAAUCGAUACCUUGGAUUGCAUCCCUCUUCUCUUCGGAGGCCCUGAGGAUCUACGAGGAGGGAAAGAAGGAGGGGCGGCUAACGCAGAGGAAAGUCUCAGACCUCACGCACUUCAGCAACACGUUCCUUUCCCUGCUGUCUUUGCCUACGAGUCUAGAUCCUGUAAUCUCUUCGCUACACCAGGAGAAAGCACAGUUUCACGUGCUUGCUUUCAUGGCUAGCUGCGAGCCGCCUUUGCUUGUAACAAAAACUGGAUUUAGAUCGACGGCAAGGAACCAGCUCGCGCACGCCAAAACGGCGCAAGAAAGGGAGUGGGCGGAACUAAAAGGGCCGUCUUGGCCGCCUUGGAAGGAGAACCGAAAUGCUAUGGACGAAGACAAAGACUAUGAUUUUGGUGCAUCAAGAGCAUCUCGCAUCCUCCAUCGCAUGUUUGAGGCUGGCUACGGACCUGGUAUCUGGGAAGAGGUUGCUGAAUCGUAUGCGGGUUGGGACACAGACCAGUCUCCGACGAUCCAGACGCGAACAUCUUUGCCCGCGUUCUCGACGCAAUAUAAGCACCGGGACCAUCUGGAUGGUCUGCUCUGGGCCGCUCGGGUUAGGGCAACACGGACGCGGAGGGAAGCAUGGGCAUGCUUCUUGGCACACGAAACCUCGGACGCGCCUGCCCACCUGGAAGUGUACCAUGCGAUGUUUGAGAAGCUUCAUUCCUAUGAAAUCCCGGAGCAAGAGCCAGAUGCCUCAGAAUUAUUUGAGACUAAUGAACAGCAACCCCUCCCUGGAGAUAUGAAGGAAGUAUUGUCGGAUCCCAAGUCGCCCUUGCAUCUGGUCCAUUUGAGCGAGCCCAUGCCCACAUAUGAACAGCUGUAUCAUAGGAUGGUGGGAAAAGGACUCCGGCCCUAUGGAAGAUUCCUAGCCUUUCUUGUCGAGACGGUCCCCGAUUUCUCCACGGUCUUGAGCGUAUUAGAGUCCAGCAAAGACGAUUUUGACGGAGGAGUACGCCACCUCCUGGAAGGUACUUUUUCGGAUGAAGCCUCAAUGCCACAGCUCCCUGGUUAUUUCCUAGCCUCCUUCAUCCGCUUCCUUUGCCGCUUCGGCCGCUUCUCCCAACCGCCUUCUGCCACACCGAUUCCCAUCUCACCAGGCGAGCACAACCUCAGAUUCAAGAUGGACCAGUCUUAUCUUCUCGAAUACGCAUAUGCCCUUUUGUUUCAGGCUCGCCCUCGGUAUCGGCCAGCAUGGACGGCCUACAUGCAAAAACUGCACUUCGGUUCCUUCAUCAUGAGAGCGCGAGGGCACAGGAGGACAAGGCAAAUGACGAGUAAAUACGCGACAAUGUUCUACCUGCUUGAGAAGAUGGACGACAUAGAGCUCGAUCCCGAUGACGCGCAGUUCCUGCUGGCCUGUAAUAUCGCUCGAUACGAAGCACAAUCCGCCUUUCGAGGCUCUCUUGAUAUUGAAGAGACACGCUAUCUUCUCUCCACGGGACCGCGAUCCCUGCGGACUUUGUUUCACACCUUAGUCGGCGCAAAUACCGAUCCAAAUGACCCAAUUCCAAGAAAGGAGACCAAACCUCUCCCACCACACAUCCCUGGACCAGCGCAACUGCACGCAUACGUCCGCGCCCUAGGCCUUUUCCGCGACUACGAGGGUCUAUUCUCAUUCGCGACCUGGGCAAAGACAUACCACGCCGAAGUCAACGCUCGUGCACACGCCCAGCGUGGGGGUCGCAAAAUUCUGUACCGAACAUUCGUGGCGCUACGCGCUGCAAUUGAAGGGGUCCUCGACAAGGAGCAGCAAGGUCAAGGCGCGACGACAGAGCUAGCGGAACUAAUCAAGGCGCAGCUCGAGAGCGUGAAGGAAUGGGGUUGGCCGCCCGAUCACCAUCUCGAUAUGUAUCUCAAGGGGAAGUUGAGACAUGCUGGGGGAAAAGGCUUUGCGUCGCGGCGAUGAAUGGUGUGUACAAUACUGUGUGUAGAGAGAGGGAAGGCGAGCUGUUGAUACCCCCACUGUGCGGAUAUAUCUGGCUGUAUAUUUAGGCGUUGCGGUUAUAGACCUCUUGUUAUGCUUGAAAUGUUUUGAGUCCACACGUGCGGAAUUUGAUAGUUCGCGGUCCCGCUCGAAGGGUUCGAAUGUGCCUACCCUAGGUAGGUAGGUUGCGUCACCGCUCCUUCCUUGGGGAAGUUAAGGUUGUCUUGGCAAC